GCUGGAAGUGAGAAACAAUAUUGACCAUGUCAACAGCAGGGAUAAUCAACAUUCAAUUCCCAGAACAGGAGCAUGGUGUCCUGUCCCGUCUGAACGCCAUGCGACAGCAGGGACAGCUGUGUGACAUUGCUGUGCGUGCGGGACAGCAGGAGUUCCCCUGUCACCGCGCUGUCCUGGCUGCCAGCUGUGGACACUUCCACAGUAUCUUUGUACAGGGAGUUCUGUGCUUUCCUAAGAAACCCACCAAGGAGACGCUGGACCUGAGCUUCAUCUCAGCGGAGGUGUUCUCCAUCAUCCUGGACUACAUCUACACAGCCAACCUGCAGUGCCCUGCCGGGAUGAUAGAGGGCGUCCUGCAGGCUGCAAAACUGCUGGAAAUAGAACCGCUGAUGAGACAGCUGCCUGUGUUUGUGGGAGAUACUGCACCGAUCAGUAGUGUGAACCAUGCGCCCGGUGUGAGUGUGGGAGGUGCACCAAUCAGUUACUUGAACCGUGGACCAAGUUUGAAUUGUAGAAGCCCACUUGUCAGUAGCUUGGGAGAAACACCGGUCAGUAGUUUGACCCAUGUGUCCAGAGUGAGUACAGAGACACAGGUAAUCCACCCUUCUGACACAGUGUCCAGCCUUGUGGCAACUUCGAAAACAACCGUUCCCGAGUCUUUGGCCGAAAUGUUAACAGAGCCAGAGGAAAACGUGCACAUGGACCAGCCAACCAGCCAGAGGGCACUGGACAAUGUGGUUGUGAAGCAAGAACUACCAGAUCUUCCUGAUGCCAGUCAGGACACAUGGUCUCCACCCAGCCCAGGUUUCCCCCCCAUCCCCCACCUGUCUCCUGAUAACAGUGAUGAGGAGGAGGAGUCUGGGAUGUCCUCCUGGUCUCCGUGGGUUAAUGAUGAGUACUCCCGGGUGCUGAGUGCAGAGAAGGUUACUGAGCUGGAGCAGAACUGUAGGAGGUGUGGACGGAAGGACAACAGUGUCAGGUACUUCAUCAGGACGCUGAAAGAGUGGUGCCUGGCAAGAAACAAGCCUACAGACUUUGAAACCCUCCCCUGUGGUGAGCUUUCCCGUCUCCUGCAGCAGUUUUACUACGAGUUGCGUAACCCGGCUGGCGGACGGUACGGCGCCCAGACCAUGUUAGCCUUCAGGAGCGCCAUCAAGACCUACCUGAUCCACCAUCCCGCAGGCACCGGCUACAACAUCAUCUCUGAUGCAGCAUUCACCGCAGCAAACAACACGCUGCAACAGGUGCUGAAGGACUGUUCCAUUGGGUUUGAGGCGAAGUGCGGGAUAAAAUCACUGAACAUCCCUGAUCUACAGAAGCUGUUUGACACCAGAACCCUGGGUACAUCCACACCGGUCAGCUUACAGAGACUGGUCUGGUUCUACUUCACCAUCCACUUCCACGUCAGGACUUCGGACGAGUGGCUGAGGUUGAAGAAGGAAGACCUCACCUUACAUGAAGACCUGACACUACAGGACCAACUAGGCAAGGAGAAGGCCUACUUCACCCUGAGAAGACCAGGGAGGGAAUACAUACAGCUGGAGGACAGGAUGUACGCGGCUGGCGGUAAACUCUGUCCAGUCGCGGUGACCAAACUGUACCUGAAGAAGCUGAACCCCUUCUGCAGUUCUCUUUUCCAGAAACCAGUGCGAGGCACGCAUCAGCCAAGGAAGGGCAGGUGGUACAAGGACCACCCUCCAGGACAGAACUACAUCAGCUUCAUGAUGAAGGGGAUCUCUGAGGAUGCAGGGCUGAGUCUGAACUAUACCAACAGCCGCAUCCGUAAUACAACACGACAGGACCUGGUCUCUGCUGGCAUCUUCCCUUCCCCUUCCCCUGAACCAAUAACCCCAAAACCAGUUGCUCCGGUGGUGGCCCCGCUUGCAACGUCGCAACAUUACAACCAUUCCACGCCAGUCACGGGCAGUAACAAUGAUUUGGGAGCUUCCGCAGUCCUUAAAGUGCUAGGAUUCUCCAAGGGCAUGGCUACUCCAACAAGUCAACAAAACCAGCAAGUCCAUGGUACGUUAGGCUCAGUAAUGCAGUCCCUCAGCCUUCCACCAGGUGGAGCGAUUAACGGACAUCAUCGGGCAGAUUUGUGCGUAAAACAAAAGCCAGUGACAGAGCUACAACUAGGCAAUGUAGAAAGUGAUGUAAGCGGUAAUGGAGCUGAUCUUGACAGUGAAGUGAAGAAGGGGUCUGGGGAAGACAUCAGGAGAAGCACCAGGAAAAGGAAGAUCAUGAACUUCUUGGAAGACAGUGAUGAUGACCAAGAGGAUGACUGGCUUUCAGAAUGA